AUGGAUGCAGACAUUGACUAUUUGACAGCAAAGAAACUGCUUGAUGAUAAGUACGGUGAACCUUACGUAGUUUCGAAUGCGUAUUUGAAGAAAGUUUUAGAAUGUCCUAGUAUAAAGACCGGAGAUGAUGCGGUAGUUGAUCGUUUGGCUAUGUUUCUAGAACAGUGUUUGAGUGCGAUGACGUCAUUGUCCUAUUUGAACAUUCUCGAUCAUCCACAUAUUUUACAAAGGCUUAUCGUUAAGUUACCCUUCUACUUGCAAGAUAGAUGGCGGCGAGAAGCUAUCAGAAUUCGUGGUAACGGAGCAAGAAUUCCCAGCCUGAAAGAUUUUACGAAGUUUGUCCAAAUGGAAGCAAAGAUUGCGAAUGAUCCUGUCUUUUCUCGUAGCGUUCUCGGAAGAAUACAAGUGCCAGAAAAGAACCCAAGAAAGUCCGGCUAUGGUCGGGACGACCCUUUGUAUAAGCAGAACAAUCGAACAACGAAGGUAGACGAAUAUCAAGAUCUCCAUCUACCACCUGAUCAAUGUCCAUAUUGCAAGGAAACGCACGAUCUAGAUGAUUGCCAGUCCUUUGUUAAACGAACAUUGGAGAACAGAAAAGCCUGGUUAAAGGAAAAGAAUAUGUGCUUCGCGUGCUUCAAUGCUGGCCAUAGAGCUAAUGGAUGCUUACAGCGGAGGAGGUGUAGAACAUGCCCUGGUAAACAUCCAACCUCUCUUCAUGAUCCUGAUUUUGCCUCUAAGACCAAGAAGAAGAGAUCUGAAGAUGAUAGAAAUCAAAACUCAAGUGAUGGCAAAUUCAAUAGUGCCCGCACCACCUAUAAGGAAAGUUCAUCUGCACAAGACAUCAACUGUACAGUAACAGCUAUGCCAUUUGUGCCAGUAAAGCUGAUUGCGAACGAAAGAGAAGUUACCACGUACGCCAUGUUGGAUAGCUGUAGUACUGGAACAUUCAUACUUGAAGAUGUACGUCGCGAGCUUCAAAUCGAAGGGACAGACACGAACGUGCUGGUAAACACCAUGUAUGGUUCACAAGUUCAUCAAACUAAAGUCGUAACAGGUUUGACUGUAACGCAUAUAGACGGAAAUAAUCGAGUGAAUCUUCCAAGGACAUUUUCACGCGACACUAUUCCUGCUUCUAAAGAUGAGAUACCAACUGAAGAAUUGGUUGCUAAAUGGAAACACUUUUCUAAGAUCGAGCUACCCUCAUACCUUCCCGACGUCAGAAUUGGAAUCCUCAUUGGCUCUAAUAGGCCAUGGGCCAAGUGCUGA